CCAUUGUAAUGAUAAAAACGUUCUAAGUAUAAAAGGAUUCGUAAAUUUAACAAUGGUUUACUUUAUCCGAUCUCGAAGGAAAAUGUCCAGACUGGCUGUGUUAAUUUUGACCAUAUUUUUUGUAACAAUCAGAGUGAAAUGCCUCGCAGAACGGCUAGAUGACCCAAAUCCAACACAGAAGGAUGAUCCAGAUAAUUUAGAAGCAGAAACAGAGGAAAGGUCGGCGUCGCCUCAACUUUACAACCCAGCUAGUAACAAGCCUAGGCCUGCAGUCUUCGCUCCGCAGAUACGUCUGGUGGAAUGUUACGCCUGCGUAGACUGCUAUAAAGUCCAACAAAACACUACCACCAAGUACUGCCCCUACACCAACGAUCCUACUAAAAACAACAAAUGCGUCGUUUACACUGAAAAGUAUACACAAAUGGAGAAACCCUGGUACGUUCGUGGCUGUGCUUCCGAACGAGGGUCCUGUUCAGAAAUCACAAGAGCUGAAAGCCCUAAUGCAAGAAUAGUGAAGCUGGUACAAUGUUCAGAAUGCGAAGGUGACAGAUGCAAUGUAAAUGGAGUGGCACGUUCACUCCCGAACCUCAUAGCUGCAAUACUUUUUGUUGUAAUAACACCAAUUAUGGGUAAAUGUGCACUUUUGUAAUCACAUCACGUUCGGUUUACAAUGAUACUUCCAUGUUUUACAUAAUCCUUCGGUUGGUAAGAUCGUCGAUGUGUCUAUUAAAAGGUAAUGUCUCGAUUUUUUUAUUUCUUUUCAAUAAAAUCGAUGUGCUAGA